AUGGAAUCUGAACCCGAGUCCGAUGUGCUCAGCGACAGCGGCGACGCUAUAGAAGACCUCAACGCAGACAAGCUAGACCCGGCAGAUCGAGUCCUCUACGAGAAACUGAAGCAGCAAGAGCGCCAGGAGCGGGAGGAGAUCGAAAGAGAGCUCCAAGAACACGAGGAAGCGCUGGCUUUCCACAGCAACCAUCUCCGAGCUCGGGAGAAGGAGCUGCACCUGGUGCAGGAGCGCAUGCAACAGAGAUCUGAGCGUGAGCUGGAUUUAAGCAGCAACAGUCGCCCUAGCUCAAACAAAUCGUCCACGACUCCCAACGGUAUUACGACCACACCCAGCAGCAUGAACGGCUGUGGCAGCACUGUUAUAACCACCAACAGUGGCGCUAUCGUCAACGCUACAGACGCUGAGAAGAAAGCUAGCAUCCCCACCAGUGCUAGUAACAAUCGCAACACUGUCAUCAGUAACCCCGGGAGCGGCAGCAGUGUCGGCAUGAACAAGACUUUGCCGGACACAAACAGCGAUAUGAAUAAAUUUCUUUCUGAGGACUUCCGCGCGCAUCUUCAUAACAGCGCUAGCUUCUUGUCCUCGUUCCAGCUAGGACAUCCCUUAGCUCACGCACAUUUAGCUCUAGGAGGACAUUUGUUAGGUAGAGAUUUUAAGAGCUUGGACACGGUAAACCCUUUUCAUCAAAUUAUGGCAAAUCACAGUGCUUUUCCCAGCCCACCUUCGCCUAUUGAGCGAUAUCCUCCAUCUUCAACUACACCCCAUUCACCAACGGGCAGCCUUCAGCUUUCACCGUCACCCGAUGACCCUAAUGGAGAAAACAGAUCGCACAACUGGACCUUCGAAGAGCAGUUCAAACAGCUGUACGAACUGAGUGAGGAUCCAAAGAGGAAGGAGUUUCUGGACGAACUUUUUGCUUUCAUGCAAAAACGAG